AUGCUCCUUCAGGAGGGAAAGGAUCUGCCUCGGCAAAAGGAAGCAGCUGGGAGUGCAAAUGUGCCCAAACCCUCAACUAGGAAUCGUCGCAAAGGGAAAAAGGCAGAGGAGAACGCUUCCCAAAAUAAGAAGCUGACAGACUUCUACCCAAUCAGGAAAAGUAACAGGAAAACUACAGGAGAGUUGAAGAAUGAGGAGCACAAACACUUGGACGAGCUGAUAAAGAAUGGUGUGGAAGAAGGACUACAGGUGCGGACGACGGACGGCAAAGGACGCGGCGUCUUUGCCCGGCAGGCCUUCCGCAAGGGCGACUUUUUGGUGGAGUACCAUGGUGAGCUGCUGGAGCCAGCCCAAGCCAAGCGGCGGGAGGCCGGUUAUGCCCGCGACCCUGCCACAGGUUGCUACAUGUACUACUUCCGCUACCGAGGAAAGGCCUAUUGCGUGGACGCCACGGAGGAGACAGGACGGCUGGGUCGGUUGAUCAACCACAGCAAGGCGGGCAACUGCCAGACCAGGCUGCAUGCUGUGGACGGACGGCCUCACCUCAUCUUGGUGGCGUCCAGGGACAUCGCGGCGGACGAGGAGCUGCUCUACGACUAUGGUGACCGCAGCAAGGAGGCAAUCUUGGCUCACCCCUGGCUCAAACAGUGA